GCAAGGACUCGCGGGUGUUUUUCUUUGGCCUUCAUUCUCUCUGUAGAACCCUAAUUUCUCAUCCCAGUUCACAAUGUUCCCGGAACUCAAUAACCUUCUCAGCAUCACCCCAGAGAGGACGGAGCAGGGGAAACUGACUCUACUCUGCGAUGCCAAGACAGAUGGCAGCUUUCUUGUACAUCACUUCCUGUCCUUCUACCUCAAAGCUAAUUGUAAAGUCUGCUUUGUGGCCCUCGUCCAGUCCUUCAGCCACUACAAUAUUGUGGCCCAGAAGCUGGGGGUCAGCCUGACAGCAGCGCGGGAACGAGGGCAGCUUGUGUUCCUGGAGGGUCUCAAGUCCGCAGCGGAUUUCUUCUUCCACACUCAGGAGGAGCCUCACCCCCUGCGGUUCCUCAGGGAGGCGAGUGCAGGGAACCUGCAGCCGCUGUAUCAGUUUGUACAGGACUCCCUGAAGCCCGUGGACGGUGGGGAGACUCCGUGGAAGUACCCAGUGCUGUUGGUGGACAACCUCAGUGUGCUGCUGAGCCUGGGCCUGGGCGCAGUUGCUGUGCUGGACUUUGUACAGUACUGCAGGGCCACGGUUUGCUGCGAAUUGAAGGGAAAUGUGGUAGCCCUUGUACAUGACCACAAAGAUGCCGAGGAUAAGGAGAAUGACAUCCUGCUGAAUGGCCUUAGUCAUCAAAGCCACCUGGUCCUGCGAGCUGAGGGCCUGGCCACUGGAUUCUGCAAGGAUGUGCAUGGACAGCUGAGGAUCCUCUGGAGGAGGUCGCAGCCCACAGCCCGGAGGGAUCGAAGCCUCACUUACCAAUACAAGAUACAGGACAAGAAUGUGUCCUUUUUUGCCAAGGGAAUGUCUCCUGCUGUCUUGUGACCUGGUUUGGAGACAACUUUGUGACUUUGGAUGGUUUUUUAUGUAGAAGAUAAAGCAACUGGGUAGGAAUGGUCCUUCAGACCUCUGGCCCACGCAUCAGGCUGUGACCAGGGAUGGACCUGAGCUGUGAGGGUGUGGUUCCCCAGCGCUCUGCUCAGUAAACACAGUGAGGAAUCUGCAUGUGGCUUCUGCUGAGAGCAACUGUAUGGUGAACCCCAGCUGAAGGAUCCUUCGGAGCAUCCCAUGUAACUUCAGCCUCGCCUGCCCUUUUUCGGUGGCUGUGCCUUUAAGAGCCACUGUGGUAGAGUGAAGCAGUCAGGAAGUUGUUCUGAAUGGCAGCCAUCCUUGGACAAAGAAGGCUGGAAUA